AUGUAUGAGAGGGUCCAGGAGGAAGAUUUCACUGGAUUUGGGACCACAAGAGUUCGUCCACAGAAAACUUCUGGCAAUGUUUCUCAGUCAUCGUUAGUCAGCCAAGCAAAGGCUCCCCAGGCUUCGGGUCAUUCUCUGGGAGCAAAGCCUCUCGUUGGAAAAAUUUUACCCAAGACUCCAAAAGCGGCUCUUAUUGGGAAAAUUGUACCAAGGGUCCCUAAAGAAGUCCAGGAUGGUAAAGACAACCCAGAAAAAGACCAACAAAUACCCAAAGCGGUUAUUCAACUGCAUGGCAAACAGGUAGCUCUCACUGCGAAAGCCAAACAUGCAGAUGUGCAGCCCUCAGGUAGACAGAGCAGUACAAGAUCAGCUGACAUUAUCAGGAGAACAGGAAAAUCAGCAGACUCAGGCAGCAAGCAAAACCAAACAGCUGCUACCUCAGCCGGUAGCCCCAAGCAAGAAAAGCCGCUAAGUUCUCUGACAGCAGUCAAGGGUGUAGAAAAGGCUUCCAAGGUCAAAGAAGAAGGUGAGGUGUCGGAGGACUCAUACACAGACCAAUCCCAGCCACAGAGAUCUGUCAGACGCAUAAGGGGCUUUCGAUUUGGGAACACCAGACGCACAUCUCAAGCAGUAGCUCUGUCAUUCACAUCCUUUCACAAACGGCAGAGGAAGAAAAUUCCUAAGGGCAUGGGUGCCUCUCCGGAGGCUGGAGCGGAGGCCGGUGCCCAAAGCGGAGAAGAGGCAGCAAUGCCUCUGGAGUGUAAAGGUGCAGAUUCUCCUGAAAAAAAAGUGCACAAAAAACAACGCAGGUCUUUGUUCGGAAAACGAAGGGCACCGAAAAAAAACCUUGAUCGGCCACGACUGAGUCGUAAUCGCACAAGGCGUGUUUUUUACACUUAUGUAACAGAGCCUGUUCCAGCCACGCCCACGCUGGAUGUGACUGAGCAGCAGGUGCAAGGUCAGAAUAUCACUCCAACAGAGGGUGAGCCAAGCUCCAUUUCUGAACAGGCCCAGCAGAGCUCAAACAACUCCACUCCUGUAAUGAGUGCACGGUCGUCCCGUGUUAUCAAAGUUCCGAAAAGGUUCUUGGACGAGCAAAUGAUUCCCUUCCCAAAAGGUUCUCUGACAACGUGGUUGAAAAGUCAACAGAGAGAUGACGGAAAACCAAGUCCAUCAUGUCAUGAGUCAAGCUCGGACGACAGCUCGCUGCCGUCAGACAGCGACUCUGCAUCUGUGGUUGACAGCCCGUCCUCUGUGUCAAAGUUCCCAUCAAAGCCCAGUCAAGGCUCGAGUCACCUAGAGAUCUAUAAGAACCUCAAGAAACUGACCUUGAAACUUGCCGAGAAAAAGAAAGGCCAGCCCGACGCUCAGGGGGAUUAUACACAUGAAGGUGACAGGUUGUCCUCUAAUGUCAAGAAGAGGCGGAGGUCAAAGAUCAUGAUGGAGGAGAUGGACUCUCCUGGUGUUGUGAGGAAACUAGCUGUGGUGGUGAACACUGAUGUGGAAGCUCUUUCACACGUGCCAUCAGCAGACAAAGGCAACAACAAUGAAGCUGGAAGCAUGACCGGGGACAGUCGCGAGGCGUUGGAAGUCAGCGGGCCGAGCCAUCGGAUUGGUCUCAGUGGAGCCAAUAAGACGAUGCUCCACCUGCUGAAGAAAGCCAAAGUCCAGCUCAUCAAGAUUGAUCAACAGAAGCAGCUCAAGUUGUCACAGUUGGGCUCCACAGAAUCUCAAGUGCCAGUGAGUGGAAGGAGGAGGAAGAGGAGAGUUGGCAUAUCUCCCAAAGACGCUCGCCCUCAGGAGCAGACGCUCGGUGGUCCGAGGAUCAAACAUGUCUGUCGGGCCGCGGCUGUGGCUUUGGGCCAGCCCCGCGCCAUGGUGCCAGAUGAUAUCCCCAGACUCAGCGCCCUGCCACUUCACGAGAGAGAGGGCAUCACCUUUUCUCCCACAGCAGAAGAUGUGGCAGAUGAUGACGAUGACAUCACUGAUCAGGGCAGGGCUCAGUGGGUUGUCUCUCAGGAAAACAUCCAGCGGAGGAGGAGGGGGCAGGGGAGGGGGAAGGGCCACAGGUUCAGGAAACGGAAGGUUCUGAGUCGGUUUGCGUCCGGGGGAGUUCGCUCCAGGCGCUGUGGACACUGCAAAGGCUGUUUGAUAGAGGAGGACUGCGCGGAGUGUGUCAACUGCCUCGACAAGCCCAAGUUCGGGGGACCCAACACCAAGCGACAGUGUUGCAUAUAUAAGAAGUGUGACCGGAUUGAGAAAGCAAAGAUGGAGCGCAUCAUCAAACCAUUUAAAGUCCAGUCGAGGCGGUUUUCGGGCUCUGUGUCAAGCAGUGACGAUGCGAACUGGAGGUUUGAAGGAGCAGACGAGGGAUCGUCCACAAUGUCGACUGGAGUCAGGAAACAGUCCCUGCGUAACAUCACGCCACGCUCCUACAGCGGACUGUUGAAGUCUGAAUCUGAAGAAGAGGACAAAGGAGGACAGGAUAAAGCAGAUGAACCAAGAGUCAAGCCAAAUGUAGCUGCCGCUAGCAACCAAGAUCUUGCCCCUCAAGAUGGCGGAUCACUGCCAGACAACCCUGCACCUGAGGUGGUGAAGCAUCGCCGGCCCUUCUCCAGAGCAGCUGGUAACAGACCCAGAGCUUACAAGGAACAGGAGAACACGGAGGAGACGGAGCCCAGAGAAACUUUACCAGAAAGCAGCGCGUCCAGGAGCCCAAUGCCGAAGCUGCAGCGACAGCUACAAAUACACUUACACCGUCUGCCUGAUUUUAUCCUGCAGUCUGCUAUGUGUUUGCCACAGCAGUUGCCCCAGUGUAUGGAUCGGUGUGCUUCACAGCUGCAUCCAAAAUUGUCCCAGCUUGUAACACAGCCUGCUAUUUCCCAUUCAUCCCAUUCCACAAUGCAGUGUACCCCUGAAUGGUCCCAGCCUGUAACGCAUCCCGCUUCUCUACCUCCACCCCAUCCCAUAACAGACUCUCCACAGAAAUCCCUGACGUUACGCUUGCACCGUUUGCCCCAGUCUGUGGUAGAGUCUUUGCGUUUGCACAAUUAUGUAUCAUCGUCAUCUCAACAGCACCCCCCGUCCAUCCUAGACUCAGAGGCUUCAUCAAAGUUGUGUUUUCAGGCACCCCCAGAGUCUGAGAUGCAGUGCCCAGAUGUUUUGACUGAGACACACAAAGCUAACAAAGAAACUGUGCACGAAACUGUCCACGUGCUCGCUCAGACUCUCGAUCCACACACAAAGUUACAGGAGGACACGCGAGAGGAGCAUGAGGACGAACGAGGGGAUCAGCCUGAAGAAGAGGAAAAGGAGGACGAGGACGUAUCUGUAAAAGGGACAGUGGUGCAAAACUGUCCAACAACUGACCCACAAUAUGUCCUUCAUUCUCAGAAUCCUGCAGAAUGUGCGUCAGUGAACACCCUGGCAGGGUUAACUAACGGAUUUCCCCAAAAGGGCCUGUUGCAGAACAAGUACAAGAUCCGCGUGGACUUCAAGGAGGACUGUGCUGUACAGAAUGUAUGGUUAAUGGGCGGCCUGAGCGUCCUCACGUCUGUCCCUACCACCCCACAACCUGUCUGUCUGCUCUGUGCCAGUAAAGGACGACAUGAGAUGAUAUUCUGCCAGAUCUGCUGUGAACCCUUCCACAGUUUCUGCCUCUUGCCAGAGGAGCGCCCCAUGAAGGAGAACAAGGAGAACUGGUGCUGCAGACGCUGCAAAUUCUGUCAUGUGUGUGGCCGUCGAAGCAAGAGCAGCAAGCCUGUGUUGCAGUGCAGGAGAUGCCAAACUUCUUACCACCCGUCCUGCUUGGGACCAACUUAUCCUAAACCUAUGAACUGCAGCAUGCCUUGGGUGUGCAUGACCUGCAUUCGGUGUAAAAGCUGCGGUGUGACUCCUGGAAUGACGUGGGACUUGGCCUGGAACCACGAGCGGGACCUCUGUCCCGACUGCACUCUUCUCCACAACAAAGGUGACUUCUGCACCGUCUGUCACAAGUGUUAUGACGACACCAAGCAGCACACACAGAUGAUUCAAUGUUCAGAGUGCAGCCACUGGAUUCAUCACACAUGUGAAGGACUUUCAGACGAGCUGUUUGAGUUGCUUUCAUACCAGCCAGAAGAAAUGUCUUUCACCUGCCAACCCUGCAGACAGCACCCAGCUGAACACAGCAGCUUGAAGGAGGAGCUACAGAGCAGGCUGAUAGUCGGGCUGGCGGAGGUGCUCACUGACCUCCUCCACAACAAUUCCACGCAGCACCUCCUUAUCUGUAAAAUGUGUCAGGAAACAGACACAUGCUCUGUCAGGGAACAGCAACCAGUCUGUGAUCUCCAAGCCAUGGAGAAGAAGUUUGAACGGGGCGGUUACACCUCAAUUAAAGCCUUCCAUACGGAUGUUGCCUCUGUGAUGAGGAAAUGGCUGAAGGAGGAGGAACUUCUCCCAGAGGAUCAGAGACCGACCAGUCAGGCCAAGGCGCACUAUGUCCAACUGAUCGAGCAGGUUUUCAGUUGGUUUCCUGCACACCAUCUAAAAAAGUGGAACUCCUUCUCUGAGGAAUUCCCAAGUGGCAUGCUCCCUGAGGCAGUCCUCCCACCAUCUAAGGAGCACAGCUAUGCACAGUGGCUGGAAAGGCCAUACCAGCCCAAGGAGUCCAGGGGCCCACAUGCAGGGAAAACCGACUCCCUACACUCUGGUGUAUCGCACAGCUUCCAUCUGAAUGCACAUGGUCACAGGACAAGUGAUCUGGAAACUGAAGAUUCGAGGCAGUGUGCACUGUGCCAACAAUAUGGAGACUCUGUUCCCAGUGACGCAGGUCGGCUGUUGUACAUGGGACAGAACGAGUGGGCCCACGUUAACUGCUGCCUUUGGUCUGCAGAGGUGUAUGAGGAAAACAGCGCUCUUCUGCAGGUGCACAGUGCCGUCUCAAGAGGGCGCCACCUGCGCUGUGAUCGUUGUGGGCAGUCGGGAGCCACUGUGGGCUGCCUUAUUGCCACCUGCCAGAGUAACUUCCACUUCAUGUGCGCUCGUGCCCAGAACUGUGUGUUCCAGCAGGACAGGAAGAUGUACUGCUACAAACACAGCGAUCUUGUCAGUGCAAAGAUGGUGUCUGGGAAAGGGUUUGAAGUCCCUCGGCGGGUAUAUGUCGACUUUGAGGGCAUAAAUCUCAGGAGAAAGUUCCUCACGGGGUUAGAGCCAGAAACCAUAAACAUGACCAUAGGCUCUCUGCAGAUUCAGAAACUUGGUGUGUUGUCAGAGCUGUCAUCAAAUGGGAGGAUGCUGUACCCUGUCGGAUAUCAGUGUUCUCGGUUGUACUGGAGCACUGUGGAUCCCCGCAGACGCUGCAAAUACACCUGCAAGGUGACAGAAGUGAGCACACCUCUACCCGGUGAGGAACAAGAUCCACGGUGGGACCAAGAAGAGAAUCACACCAUAGUCCACAGUCCGAGCCACCAUAGAGAUGUGGAGUCUCUGGAUUGUUUAAGCUCCUCAUCCAGCCCAAUAAAGUCCACUACUCCAUCACCCAACUCUAAACAACACAACACACCCAGGUCCAAAAGUCCUGGUUACCCACAGACCAGGAGACCAGCAGGAGGAUCAUCUCGACCUCUUCCAUCUCCAGGGACCGCUGCUCCCAAAUCGCAUCACAUCCUCACACUGAGGGACCUGGAGGACACCCGCAGGCCUCGCAGGCUCUCAUCAAGAAGCCGCUGCAGUUCCUCGCCGACAGACAGCGAUCCAUCCGUACCCAUGACCCUUCGCUCUGGUGGCACCGUCCACUCCAGGUGUGCCCUUUUCAGCUCCCCACCAAGAUCGUCAAACUUGGGACCAGCCUCGCCUCCCCUGUCACGACAAAACUCAACAUCACCAGUCUGGAGCUCCCCACCUAGAUCCACAUCCAGCAUUUCUGCAGGGCUGUCGCCUCGGCAGGGAGCCAUCACUCACUCCCCGAAAGGGAGACAGAACUUUAAAAUCACCACUCCAGUUUCUGCAGAGGUUCCCCAAGAUUUCCUAGCAUCGUCUGAGGCAGAAGAUGCAGCUGUGGCCACAACUAAUGGCAUCUCACUGGCCCCUGAUAACCUGGAGGAGGAAGUAGCCCACCUGAUGUCUCAGGAGCUGCCAUACACUGUGUUCGACACCGACACAGAGGUCGCGGUGGCCUCCAUGCUGAAUGCGAAGCUCGAGUUUGACGAGGCUCUGCUCACAGAGAACGUGGCGCUCCACUGCGGAGCACAAAGCGGGAGAGGAGAGGUGGAAGGCGUAGGGCAAGAUGUGGAAAUGCAGGAAGAGAAUCGGGAGAAUGAGUCCGAAGAUGAAGACUCAAGGCGGUACUUAAAAUUUUCACGCACCGUGGUGUGCGACGCAGCCAGCAGCUCGGACGCUUCAGGUCAGCUCACUUCAACGCAGUCGAUCUCACAGUUGGAUGGAGCGGAUGGAGGGUCAGAGAGCGACGAAAGCGAGGCGGGUGAUGAUGAAGCUGAGGACACGGAAGAAGAAGAGGGAGAGAUCCAGAUGCACGCCAACCAUAAUACACCUACUAAACAGCUCACAGUUGCUCUAAAGAGGCUGGAGUCAGUCUACAAUACGUCAACAGCUGACCAAGAGUUUCAGGAACAGCCUGAUGUUCUUGAAUCAGGCUAUGCAAACGAUGGCAUGUCAGUUCAGGGCGAAGAGGUCCUGAUGAGCUCUGAACCAGCUCAAGAUGACGUGUUUUUGGAUUCAGCGACAGGCCAUUUUGUCUCCCCCGGAGAUGCCGCCGUAACCUACCCAAAUGAUGAAGUUGACUUUAAAGAUGACAGCAGCUCAUCCACAGACUCCGCCGAAGGAUUUAAAGAUGAUUUGAAUGACCCUGAUUACUCUCCAGAGCAUGAAACCACGUCACCGAUGAAAACCAUCUUUGCGAAGUCAAAACGUCCAGCACCAAACCUCAAACGUUUUUCUCCCAAACCGUGUCUUCCACAACAGACCAAAGUCAAAUUGCUGCUACCGUCUCAACAGACUGCGAACAACGCGUCCGUUUCCUCUCCUGCCGCCACUUUUUGCACACUUCCGCGCACGGUCACCUCCCCCAUUGUGAUCAAUGGUUUGAACGCUCUACCUAUUGAGCCCGGCGCCACGCGGGGCAGGACCGUCGCCAUCCGCUUGGACAACUCGAAGCCAGGAAGUCAGCAGCAAGUUGUCAUUCAGAAUCAAGCUGCCACCACGAGCUCACCUCCGACGCAGAAUCCCGCCCCUCAAGUCCUGCUGGUGAACCGACAAGGUCAGAUCCUAAUCAAAGACCCGAGAUCGAACACUUAUCAGUCCCUCAGUACAAAUUCUCCUGCCUACAAUAAAAUAAGUCAGAUUGCAAAGAUUCUCCACAGUGGGAAUGCCUUGCAGCGCUCAGUCCCUCGUGUUGUAAUAAGAAAUCGUUCAAAUGUCUCUGCCACCGACGCCUCUCCUGCCGGUAACCACACGACAACAACAGAGAGAAAAAUCAUCGUCAGAGUGGUGCCUGUGAAAAGCAGCGGGACUCCGGGUACCACAACUGCCGUCAGUACACACAGAGCUCCUGAAGCCUCUUUCUCCGACAUCAAAGAAAGCACAGCCCAGGCUAUUAUCGACAGAGCCAUGGCUACCCACCGCAACGCGCCAAAGACUGAGCCCAUCAUCCUCAGUAACACUCGCACGCCGAAGGCCAGACAUGGACAGCCGUCCCAGUUAAAGGAAGCAGAGGACUCAGAUCAGUCACCAGCUGCAUCUUCAGAGACGCCCGGCGGUUCACCUGCUUCAUUGCACCACCAAGUGAGGAUCAAGAGAGUGUCGUCGGUGUCUGAAAGGCCUUCCAGGAAGAAAUCUAAGAUGGACUUCUUGAGGGAUCCCUCAAAUGAACCAGAUGAAGUGAACGAAGCCGGCAGGCCGAGCGGUGUGAGAAUGAAAGCUCCAACAAUGACGGAUGUUCUUGAUAUGGACACAGAGAAUAUACAUAAUGAGCCUGGGCCGCUGAGGAUUACCGCUCCACCACCUCCUCCUACACCAUCCAGAUAUCCUCGGACUGAGAGUCCACCUCCACACACACCAACCAACAGUCACAUCCUGGCUAAAACACACAUGUGGGUGAGCGCUCGCCAUGGAGACCUCUGUGAAUGGGGCCCUUAUUCAGGUUUUAGCUCUGACGACGACGCACCUGUACUCAAACACAGGCAGAGGACGUACAUGAACCAACCCCACCUACGCUUUGAAAUCACCAGCGAUGAUGGCUUCAGUGUUAAAGCUAACAGUAUAGAGGUCGCCUGGCGUGCGGUGAUCGACAGUGUGCUCGAAGCUCGUGCAGGCUUCCACCUGAAGCAGCUGCCUCUAGGCAGUAUGAGCGGUCCGCGGGUGCUCGGCGUCGUCCACGACGCUGUCAUCUUCCUGCUGGAGCAGCUGCAGGGUGCCGCAAACUGCAAAUACCACCGUUUCCGCUUCCACCGCUGCGACGACAUCGAGGAAGAGCUUCCCCUCAAUCCCAGCGGCUGCGCUCGCUCCGAAGUCUGCACACGGAAAGCCACUUUCGAUAUGUUUAACUUCCUGGCCUCACAGCACAGAGAGCUUCCUGACAUAGUCGGACCUUUUGAUGAAGAGGAGGAUGAGUUUCCACUGAAAUCUUCGAGACGAGCCACCAGCAGUGAGCUUCCCAUGGCAAUGAGAUUCAGACACUUGGAAAAAAUAUCUAAAGAAGCAGUAGGCGUUUACAGAUCUGAAAUUCACGGUCGCGGCCUUUUCUGCAAAAGAAACAUCGAGGCCGGGGAGAUGGUGAUCGAGUACGCCGGCAACGUCAUUCGCGCUGUCCUGACUGAUAAGCGGGAGAAGUAUUAUGACAGCAAGGGCAUCGGCUGCUACAUGUUCCGCAUCGACGACUUCGACGUGGUGGACGCGACGAUGCAAGGCAACGCGGCCCGCUUCAUCAACCACUCGUGCGAGCCCAACUGCUACUCUCGCGUCAUCAACGUGGACGGCCGCAAGCACAUCGUCAUCUUCGCCCUGAGGAAGAUCUACCGGGGCGAAGAGCUGACCUACGACUACAAGUUCCCCAUCGAGGACGAGAACAGCAAGCUGCAUUGCAACUGCGGCGCGAGGCGCUGCCGCCGCUUCCUGAAUUAGCAUGGCCAAACACACGCACACAAAGUACCAAUAGCCAUCUCGUUUGAUACAUUUGAAUUCAGAAGGCGGACUUUGAUGAAGGCAGAUACGCACAGACUUUUGUACUUUCUACUGAAGGUCUUCACUUUGUUCGGAAGCUUAAUUUAUAGACUGAUCAAGGACGACAUUUGUUUGUUCAUUUCUAUCCUCUGAACUGCUGUUACAGUCACAGAAACCAGAUUAGAGCCAUAUGUCAGAGGUUAAGAUGAAUAUUAUUUAUGGGAUUUCACACUGCUGAAUUGUUGGUCUGUUAGAAAGUGCAGUUAAAUCAAUGAAACUGCAUCUUUUUUGGAUUUGUUUGAUGUUUAACCAUCUCAUACACACACCACACACUCUUUCUGUUUCCGAAUUUGUCGUGAUCUGCCUCUGCUGGAAAUGGGGCUAGACAACAGCCGGGAGGCGAUUAUUACCAGCUACAAGCGGCGCAAACUGAAACAUCCCGCUAUCAGUUCUUACUGUGUAAAGGAGGAUCUAUUAUUAUGCUGGUGACAGUGUCUAUGUAAAUACAAGGGCAUACAGAAGGAUAAGAAGAAUAUUAUUCAGCACCUUAGUUUGACACAACCUUCUCUGGCAGCACUGGCGUCGCAGCAGAGGCGACAUGUUUCACUUCAACACAAAAUAAACGCAUCUGACACAUUCGAGGCACACCGUGUACAAGUUAGUGCAGCUACGUUUUAACCUCAUUCUGGAUACCACAAGUCUUGUGAGCAGGGGCUCCUGACGUUUUAGGUGCUGGUGACGUUUACCCCAAAACGUAGUUUUAAUACAGUCACCCCUUCCUUCAUUCAGUCAGUUGAAAUUUCCUGCUUUUAUUUGUGAUGGCAAAGAUGCUGUGAUCGCAAUGCUUUUAUCCCACUAUUACAGUCUGUUCUUUCUUUGUUCAUUCGUGCUGUUUGUGUAUUUUAAGGUCUAUGAGGGAGCUUCCUUGAUGCAGGGUUCAGACUGAAUAUAGUGAUCUUGCUCAGUCCCUUAUAAAUCUUUUUUGUAUUUUUGUAUAUUUGAACAAUAAAUGUGUAUUCUACAAGCUGA